CCCACCGGAGGCGGGGCCCACGCACGCUGCAGCCCUUGCAAUGCAGCUGCCCGCGGUCCGGCUAAUAUGGCUCGGCCGGGCUCAUUACUCCGAGCUGCUGGCACUGCAGGAGCAAUGGCUGCGACGGCUACAGGCUGACCCUCGCCCGGGGGCCCCAUCGGAGACCGAGGCGGGCGCGCUUUUGCUCUGCGAGCCAGCAGGGCCCGUGUACACGGGCGGGCUACGCGGCGGCCUCACGCCCGAGGAAGCUACGCGGCUGAGGGCCUUGGGAGCCGAAGUGCGCGCCACCGGCCGCGGCGGCCUGGCCACUUUCCACGGCCCGGGCCAGCUGCUCUGCCACCCUGUGCUUGACCUGCGACGUCUAGGUCUGCGCCUGCGCACCCACGUGGCGGCGCUGGAGGCAUGUGCGGUGCGCCUGUGUGAGCUCCGGGGCCUGCAGGGAACCCGCGCGCGGCCGCCGCCCUACACCGGUGUCUGGCUGGGCGAGCGCAAGAUCUGCGCGAUCGGAGUCCGCUGUGGAAGGCACAUCACAUCCCACGGCCUGGCUCUGAACUGUUCUACAGACCUCACUUGGUUUGAGCACAUUGUGCCCUGUGGACUGGUCGGGACAGGAGUCACUUCCCUGAGUGAGGCACUCCAGAGACUCGUCACUGUGGAUGAAGUAAUGCCAUCUUUCCUUGUGGCCUUCCAGGAGACUUUCAAGUGCACGUUAAUCUCUGAGGACAGCCCCAGCUGACAACGGGCACUCAUUCAUCUUAGCCCAGGGGCCUUGGCCGGGCGGUAGAAAGCUCCUAGUCUGACUUGAGUCCUCAGAACCCGAUUCUAGAACUGCUCUGUGAUUUACUGACUGCAACUGAGGACAGAUCCUGAGCUUUUGCUUCCUGUAUCUCCCCACCUACCUCAGGGGUCACUAUGAAAACACUAUGAGAAGUCACAUGCUACAUAAAGCUUCCCGGGACUGUUCACACAUGUUCCUUGGCUUGGAGACACUCCAGUGUUUAAAGUGUCCUUUUAACUUCUUGCUCCUUCUUCAGUGUUUGCUGUAUCUAACAGCGGUUUUGGUCUGUACAUCUUUGGAGUUCUGUGAGAAUCAAAUCUCUAUGACUCAGGGGAAAGGGAUGCGAUAAAGUUAUUCUCAAAAGACCUGGCUGUGUCUUCAAUAAAUUGAAAAGCCCCUUCAAAAAGAUAAAUAAAAUGAGAUUUUUGCCUUUUUAGGUUGAAUCCCUUAA